AUGGUCAUGUAUGAUCAGGCUAGCGUAGACUAUCAGACAUCUUGGGCAAAUAUCGUCAACUUCCAAGCAAAGCUUAUGCGAAAGGAGAGGGCGUGGGCGAAUAGCUUCAAGCAGGGCAAGGCUACACAUAACCGAGCGCAUUGGAACCAGACCGUGAAUGAGCAGGCCGUCGAGACUCAGGUCGAUCAUGCGAUGAUAAUUGAGUACGAUCGAUUGCGAAAGAGCAUGGCUCAUUCGACACCAUUGGUAAAUGUACCUGUCAAAACUGAGACGCCUCUACCACUCAUUCCUGAGCCAGUGUCGGCGAAGAAGAAGAAGAAGAAGAAGAAGAAGAAGAAGAAGAAGAAGAAGAAGAAGCCAGCCAAGGAGCAAAAUCCCAUGCCACAGUCACAAGCCCCAGUAGCCCCGUCUGUCGCGGCUCAGGCAGUGCCAGUGAUUACCGCCAAGCCAGCCACGAUCAAGCACCCGGCGGACAAGGUCAAGGUUCCAAAGUACCCCUUCGAUGACAUCGAGGACUUCGACACCCAUCCAGUUACCGGUCUUUACAAAUGCAUGCACGAGUUCGAGACUGAAAAGUCUUGUUGUAAAGAAGGGUUGGACAGAGCAAGAAUGAAGCAAUCGAUCCUAAGAAGUAUCACGACGUGGAAGUCAAAAGUUGAGAUCUUGAUCGAAAAAGGCGAUUUGCAUAAAAGUCAUAUGACCUGGACGAAAUACCAAAACGCGAGGCUAAGAGAAGAUCAGAAGGUGAUGGAAAGAAAGCGAGCAGAAGAGGAAGCAUGCGACGGAGGAAAUGAUGCAGAGCGAAGCGCCAAGGAGCAUAAUGAACAGGAGGAGCAGCUCUGGCAACAAGCGCCCCAUGAAGACAAUGCAGUUGCCGGACCUCCGUCUGUUCCAUCGCCCAUCUCACCCGAGCAGCAUGAUGUGCCAGCACCCGAACCAUCUCCAGAAGAAGUCGCCGCGGAGGCCGCAUUUCAAGAAGAGGUUGCCAGAGGGGCGAGGCAAUACGAGCGAGACUACAAAAUGUGUCGGCGUGUCGAGAGCAUGAAGAAGUGGCCCAACUGGCCACGCUUCGAUGAGUGGUGGGCUGCAAGGCAACUACAGGUCCAAUAUUCGCACCUUUUACAAGCGCAGAAACUCUUCUUGGAAGGUCCAGAGCCUUCUGGUAUCGCGGACAAGGGUCCAGCAUGGGUAAAGAAGAUCAAAGAGCCAUUACCGCUGCAAGUACAGGAGCCAGCCGGUGAAGAAAAUGCCAUUGAGCCAGACGACCCAAAUUUCGAUGAUCUGUUCGAGGACUACGGGUUGGAGCUCUAG